AUGACUUCGACAACUUUAAAGAGGAAGAAAGGGCAAGAAAAUGAAAUAAAUGAAAAUAUUAAUAAUAAUGAAAAUGAAUAUAUUAAUAACAAUAGCGAUAAUGAUAAUGAUAAUGAUAACCUCAAUAAAGAUUUAAAUAAUAAUAAUAAUAAUAAUAAUAAUAAUAAUAAUAAUAAUAAUAAUAAUAAUAAUAGUAAUGAAAAUGAUAGUAAUUAUUUCAAUAAUUUAUCAACUAAAACUCAACCUUCUUCAAUGAUUAUUGAUAAUGAAAUUAGUUCAUCACCUCCACAACCUUCUCAACCAAUUCUAAAAAGACCACCAACAAGAGAAAGAAAGCAAAUACAUAAACUAUUUUCAUUAUCCGAUGAUGAUGAUGAUGAUAAUGAUGAUGAUAAUGAUGAUGAUAAUGAUGAUGAUAAUGAUAACGAUGAUAAUAAAGAUGAAAAAAAAAAAGAAAAAAAGGAAAAAAAAGAAAAAAAAGAGAAAAAACCAAAACAAGAGAAAAAACCAAAACAAGAGAAAAAACCAAAACAAGAGAAAAAACCAAAACAAGAAAAAAAGUCAAAACAAAUUCAAGAAGUUCAAGAAAUUCAACAACAGCAACAACCACAACAACAACUUGAAAAAGAAGAAAACAAAUUGGAAGAAAAAGAAAAAGAAAAAGAAAAAGAAAAAGAAAAAGAAAAAGAAAAAGAAAAAGAAGAAGAAGGAGAGGAAGAAGAUAAUAGUAAAAAAAAAAAGAAAAAACAGAAAAUUGAACCUGACCAACCAAUUAAGAACUCAAUCCCUAAAAAACCACCAACAACUAGUAGUAGAAAAUCAAAGAAUAAACCGCCAAAUAAUAAUAAUAAUAAUUGUAAUAUUUUAUUAAAUUUUUUAAAUCCUACAUCAACCACUGCCGCCACCACCACCAACACCACCACCAUAGAUACAACCAAUACAACCAAUACAACCAAUACAAAUAAUAAUAAUAAUAAUAAUAAUAAUAAUAAUAAUAGUAAUAAUAGUACACCAAAUAUAAUAGAAUCAAUGUCAUCACCAACAUCAGAAGAUGAUUCAAAACCAAUUCACCCAUUCUUUGGAGAACAACAAAAGAAGAAAGAAAGAAAACAGAGAAUAGAAUCAGUGAAAUCAAUUAAUGAUGAUCCAAUACUAUUGGAGAAAACUAAAAAUGCACCAUUACCAGAAAUGUUUUUAUCUAAAAAAGAAAAAGAUGAAAUCUAUACAGCUGCUCAACAAGAGAGAUUUAGAUUAGAUAUUAUGAAAUCAAAUGAAGAUCAUGAAAAAAUUUUAGCUGGUAAACCAGUUCAUCCUUUCUUUUUUUCACCACCCCCACCUCAAUCCUCUUCAACAAAUUCAAAUUCCUCCUCCUCCUCAUCUUCUUCAGACACAAUACCAACAACAUCAUCGUCAUCAUCAUCAAUAAUUAUAGAUUUAGAAGAAAAGAAAUACCAAAUUAAAAGAUUACUUGAGUUUCCAGUUGAAGAAUCACAUAUAGGUUGGUAUGAUAUUAACCAAGAUGAAAGUAUUAAAUUAUCUUUACCACCUUCAAAUAAACAACUUUUAGAUAAAUUUAAAAGAUCAAAUUUAAAAACUUCAACUAUUGAUUGUAAUAGUUUAAUCAUUCAUAAUCCAAAUCAAUUAAUACCAAAUUUCGAUAAAAUGUUAACAACAAUUGAACAACAAUUUCCUUUCCUAUCUUCACAACAUAGUUCAAUAUCUUCUAUUAAUGACUCACCUUUAAAAUCAUUAUCACAACAAUCUUCUGAAAUUAUUAUAAUUGAUAAUGAUAAAAACAACAACAACGACAACAACGGCAAUAACGACAAUAAUAACAAUAACAACGAUGAAAUUGAAAUUAAUGAAGAUAAAUUAUUUGAAAAUAUAUUAAAUUAUUAUAAUAGUAUAAAGAAUGAUGAUAAUGAUAAUGAUAAUGAUGAUGAUCAAGAUGAUGAAUUUAAUAAUGAUUCAAAUUUUAUAAGAAUAGAUAAUUUUAAAGAUAUUAGAGAUAUUAAAUAUAUUUAUAAUGAAUUUUUAAAUAGUUUAAGUAAUAGUGGUAGUUUUGGUAUUAAUAAUGUUCAAGGGAAUUUAUUAUCAAAUAGAUACUAUUCUACAAUUGAAAAUUUAAAUUUAUUUAAUGAAUUAAAUCAUGAAGUAAUAACAUUUUUCAAUCAAUGGGUUGUAGGUUGGAAAGACAAAUUAGAAAAGAAAGCCAACAAAUGCAGUACUAGUGGUAAAAUUAAAAAAUCUUCAAAAAAGACUGAACUUGAUGAAAUUUUAAAAUCUUCAAUACUUAUUGUUGGUCCAUUUGGUUGUGGUAAGAGUUCAUUGGUCAAUAUAAAAUCAAAACAAAAUAAUUUCACAAUCUUAGAAACUAAUCCAUCUUGUAAACGAAGUGGUAAAGCUAUCACUGAACUAUUAGGUGAAGCAACUCAAUCAAAAGCUUUAAACAUUUUAAAGAAAUCAAAUAAUGAAAAUAAUCAAAAUAAUAAUAAUAAUAAUGAUGAUGAUACUUCUCAAAACUCAUCGCCACAACAACAACAACAACAAACAAUAACUUCUAUAACUUCAAAAAAAAGAGGUAGAAAAUCAAUUUCAUCUUUAAAUAAUAAUAAUAAUAAUAAUAAUAAUUGUGAAAUUGGUGAAAUUAAUAAAAAUUUAAUUCUAAUUGAAGAGAUUGAUAUUCUAUAUGAAGAGGAUAAAGGUUUCAAUAAUUCAAUUUGUACAUUAUUAAAUAAUACCAAAGUACCAAUAAUUAUGAUUUGUAAUGAAUUAAAUCCAUCAAUUAGUAAUUUAAUUCAAGAAAGUGGUAUCAUUUCAUUGUAUAUGUCAAAACCUACAACUCAAUCAUUAUCAUUGUAUUGUUGUUUCAUUCUCUUGAAAGAGAAAAAGUACAAACUUCUUUCAUCUCAAAAUACUUUAAACUCUUUAAAUAUUCAUUCUUUUAUCAUUAAUAAUCAAAUUGAUAUUAGAAAAUCUUUAAAUAAUUUAGAAUUUAUAGUUAAUCAUAAAAAUCAACAUCAUCAAACUAUUUACAAUUUAACAUUCUAUAUGUUUAAUGAUUUAUUUAAAAAAUAUAAUUUUAAUUUUUUUAAUAUUUUAUUUAAACUACCAAUUAAAAAUAAAGAUAAUCUUGAUAACGAUAAUCAUGAAAUUAUAGUUGAAAAAGAAAUAGAAAAUAGUGAAGAAAUAGAUGAAUUUGAAUUAUUUAAUGAUAAAUUCAAUUUUGUUAAUACUUCAUUAGUUGAAUUUGAUAUCAAUUUAUAUUUUAAUAAUUAUUUGGAAUAUAUUAAUAAUAAUCAACACAACAACAACAGUAAUAAUAAUAAUAAUAAUAAUAAUAAUAAUAAUAAUAAUAAUAAUAAUAAUAAUAAUAAUAAUAAUAAUAAUAAAGAAUUAUUGGAGGAUAUUUGGGAAUUAUCAGAAACAUUUUCUACAAAUGAUAUUUUAUUAAAAAGAAAUUAUCCUUAUGAUCCAACAUCUGAAACUGGAGAGAAUGAAAUAUUUGAAAUUUUAGAGAAUUCACCGACAUAUAUUACACAACCACAAUCAUUACAUUAUGAUGACUACUCUUAUAAAAGCUACUUUCCAAAUUCAUUAGAUUUUAGCAUACCAACCUGUAUUUCCAUUCAAUCAAUUGAAAAUUAUUUAUUAAAACAAAAAGAAACUAAUAAUAAUAAUAAUAAUAAUAAUAAUAAUAAUAAUAAUAAUUAUUCUAAAUUUAAUUUAUUGAAAAUUGAAGACCAAUAUAAGGUUAUAAAGAAAACAACAAUUGAAAAUUCAAUUUAUAAUGAAAUUAAAGAUCAAUUUUCACUUAAACAUGGUUUCAUUGCAUCCAGUAAAAUGUAUGUAGAGUUUACACCAUGGCUAUCUGAUAUUUGUUAUUCAGAAAAAGUGAGAAAAUUAAAUAAUCCAAAGAGAAGUAACAGAUUUACUCAUUAUUUAGAUUAUACCCAAAAUCAGAUUGAUAUAUUAUUAAAAUUCCGAAUUAAAUAA